AAAGCUGGUAACUUAAAAGUAAAAGGAGAGAAUUUUUAUCGAGAUGCUAAAAAAGUGAAAUUUGUUAAUAUGCUCAAGGGAGGGAAGCCGAUAAGGAAUUCUAAAGGAAAAAUAGUAAAGGAAGCACCUUUUCAGAGUAAAUUGGCAAUUGCUGCUAGAGUACAACCAGAUAGAAGGUGGUUCGGAAAUACUAGAGUUAUUGGACAAAAAGAGUUAGAAGCUUUCAGAGAAAGUCUUGGUUCAAAAGUUAAUGAUCCAUAUCAAGUUUUACUUCGACAAAAUAAAUUACCCAUGAGUUUAUUGGCUGAUGCAUCAAAGGUAUCACGAAUGCACAUGGUUGAUACUGAACCAUUUUCAGAUACAUUUGGUCCAAAAGCACAGAGGAAACGACCAAAACUAAAAGUUAGUUCAUUGGAGGAUUUAGCAACUAGUACGAAUGAAUUAUUAGAAAAUUAUAGCGAAAAAAAUGAUCCAUCACUUUUAUCUAAUAAUAUAAAUGAUUGGAUCGAUGAGGCUAGAGACAGUGUAUUUUCAAAAGGUCAAUCAAAACGUAUUUGGAACGAAUUAUAUAAAGUUAUAGAUUCAUCAGAUGUUGUAAUUCAUGUGUUGGAUGCACGAGAUCCAAUUGGCACACAAUGCAAGAAUGUUGUACAAUAUAUCAAUAAGGAAGUUAAUCAUAAACAUUUAGUAUUCUUACUAAAUAAAUGCGAUCUAGUACCAACUUGGGUUACUGCGAAAUGGGUUGGUAUACUGUCUAAAGAAUAUCCAACUUUAGCAUUUCAUGCUAGCAUCAAUAAUUCUUUUGGUAAAGGAUCUUUGAUACAACUAUUGAGGCAAUUUUCAGCGUUACAUUCAGAUAAGAAACAAAUUAGUGUAGGUUUCAUUGGUUAUCCCAACACUGGGAAAAGUUCAAUUAUAAACACUUUGAGAAGUAAAAAAGUGUGUAACGUUGCUCCAAUUCCUGGUGAAACAAAGGUAUGGCAAUAUAUUACGUUAAUGAAACGUAUAUAUUUAAUAGAUUGUCCGGGAAUUGUACCACCUUCAUUAGAGGACAGUGAAACAGAUAUUGUGCUUAAAGGUGUUGUGCGCGUAGAGAAUCUAAAAACACCAGAAGAUUACAUUCCAAGAAUACUAGAAAUAGUUCGUAAAGAAUACCUACAACGUACCUAUGAAUUACGCGAGUGGACAGACCAUAUAGAUUUUCUUUCACAGCUAGCACAAAAGUAUGGCAAAUUACUAAAAAAAGGAGAGCCUGAUUUGAGCACCGUAGCUAAAAUGAUUUUAAAUGAUUGGUUGCGUGGUAAGAUACCUUAUUUCACUCCUCCAAAAAUCAAGGAUGAAAGCGACAGUGAAAAUACUGGAGAAGAUUCCAAAAUUGACAACAAUUCUGAGGAAAAGAAAAAUGAAGUAAAAGGAGUAGAACAAAAUUUUUGUAAUAUUCAAGUUACAACAUCAUUUUUACCCGAUGAUCUUGGUAAUGAAAAAACUGAACAAUAUCAUGAGGAAAAUGACAUUAUUGAAGAAAACAUUGAAGAUAAAAUAAUAAUUUAAGAUAAAGCUUAAGAUAUCAAAUUUUAAAUUUAACAAUUACAGUAAUGUAAAAUUAAACAAAAAAAAGUACUUAUAUGCAGUAUAAAUCUUUUCAAAAUCUUUAAAAGAUAAUUUUUUUAUUGCAUAUAAUGUAUAUACAAUAUUUUGUUAUA